CCCUCUCUCUCUCUCUCUCUCUCUCUCGCAUUUGUUUCUCCGUUUGGCCCCUGCGGCAACUUGGCCUAUCUAUCUGUCGAUCUCAGCUUGAUUUCUCCGAGGUUCUCUUUUGCAUGCAUGGAAACUCCCAAUGCCCGCAACCAGUCCUCCUCUGAUGACGGCAUAUUAAGUCUGCAUGUUAGAUCCGAAAGAAAGAAGGCCAUGGCUAGCCAUCAGCUGGAAGGAUUACUGUCAUGCCCCAAGAACCAGCAGCAGCAGGAAAGGAAGCCAAGGCCUCACCCGGAACAGGCCCUCAAGUGCCCAAGGUGUGCCUCCACCAACACCAAGUUCUGCUACUACAACAAUUACAGCCUCUCCCAGCCCAGAUACUUCUGCAAGGGUUGCAGGAGGUACUGGACUCAAGGAGGCUCUCUCAGGAAUGUCCCUGUGGGAGGUGGCUGCAGGAAGAACAAAAGAUCAUUCUCUUCCUCCUCUUCCAGAAAGGCACAGGACCAAGAUCUCAUCACUGCCACCAACUCCUUCAAUCCACUCCCCUCCCCUACCUUCAUCCCUCCACUCUCCAGUGACCUCACCUUAGCCUUCGCUGGCCUCCACAAGCAACCACCCAACCAUGGCCACAGCCUUCUCCUAGGGCAUCCUAACAAUGAGUCCCUCCCUGCUGUCACAACAAACCAUGGCUUUCUUGACAUUCUAAGGAGCGACUCCAUUGACAGUAUCAACCCAAGUGGCUUAGACAACUACCUCUACUAUGGAUUUGGUGUCAGUGGGAAUGUGGAGGUGGGAGGUGGUGCCAAUGGAGAAGAUGAUGGGUUUCUGUCCUUCCAUGGGGGACUGGGUGGUGCAACAGCAACAGCAGCAGCCAGCCAAGGUUCAUGCAAGGACAUGGAUGAAGGGGAGACCAAAGUGUUGAUGGGUGGUGAUGGGAACUUGGCUGUGGACUCUGGAAGAGAGUGGACUGCUAUGGGUUCUUCCUGGCAUGGACUCAUCAACAGCUCCUUGAUGUCAGGAGCAGGAAUAGAUGUGUCCUCUACCCUCGGAGAUGCCCAUGCCUUCUUCUAAAAUCCCUACAUUCUCAGUUCUUUCAUUGCAUAUUUUUGGCUUUUCUUUCUUUCCUUCCGUUCUCUAUAUAUUGUGGGAGUGAUGAUCUGAAAGAGAGAUAUAUAUAUAUAUAUAUGUAUGUAUACCGUAAAAUUAGACUUUAGAGAGAUUGGCUUGAUAACUUAGCAGUGUGGAAAUAUAUGAUGAUGACCACUCACAUCUAUCCAAGUCUAGCUAGCUUAGUUGCUCUCCGUGGAGGCAAUAGGAGGAAGGAAGACAGAGAUGCCUGAUGAUAUAAUACUCGAUCUAGUGUAGGUUAGGAAUGUGUGAUGAGAAUCUAGGCAGAGAUUUGACUCCAUGCGCAGCAACAACAAAAUCUUAGUGGAGAUAUGGAGGAUAUCUUUUUGUCAAAGAAAAGCUUGUUGUUGGACCUGCCUGAGGUGGAUUACUAGUGCAUGCCUGCACAUGCACAGAAGUCCUCACAGACCAUGAUGCUUGGCUGGAAGAAGACUUCCACUUGUAUGUACUCUGCAGAAGAUUGGAUGCAAUGCAGAACUGGAAAUUAAUAGCUCUGGGAGAAGGAUUGUUGUGA